CCUCGGGCUCGGGCUCGGGGCUGGCGCCGCGGAGCUCCGCCCCGGCCCGGCCCCGCCGACAGCAGGGAGGAAACGGGCUGCUGUGCUCCGGAAGGUGAACGUGCCGGUGGUGCGGCCCGCGGAGCCGGAGCCAUGGCUGCCGAGGGCCCGGCGCGGAGCUUGCAGAAGCAGGUGACGUGCUCCGUGUGUCCGGACUGCGCUGCGGAUCCGGGGGCUCCCGGCUGCGGGAACAGCCGCUGCCAGGCCUGCACGGGGGAGCCGGAGCCGGAGCCGCACGUCCUGUGCCCGCAGUGCCGGGCAGCCGCCCCGCAGAGACCCCUCCGGCCGAAGAGGCAGCUGGGCGACGUGCUGGAGCUGGUGAAGCGGCUGCGGCUGCCGGCGGCGAGCGGGCCCGGGGGGCAGCGCGUGUGCGAGAGGCACCAGGAGGCCCUGACGCUCUUCUGCCGGGAGGACGAAGCCCCCAUGUGCGCGGGGUGCGGGGAGUCCCGGGCGCACGCCGCUCACACCGUGGUUCCCAUGGAGGAGGCUGCCCAGGACUACAGGGAGAAAAUCCAGAGCUGCCUGGAGCACCUGAAGGACCAGAGAGAGGAGCUGCAGAGCUUGAAAUGCACCUGGGAGCAGGAGAGCGAAAGGCUCCUGAGGCAGACAGAGCUGGAGAGGCAGCUGGUGGUGUCCGAGUGCGAGGAGCUGCGCCAGCUCCUGGCUGAGCAGAAGCACCUCUUGCUCACCCGGCUGGAAGAGCUGAACACAGAGAUUGUGAGGAGGAGGGAGGAAAAUGCCACUCGCCUGUGCAAAGAGACUGCCCGCCUCAGCGCCCUGAUCACAGAGCUGGAGGAGAAGUGUCAUCAGCUGGGGCCUGAGCGCCUACAGGGUGUCAGAAGUGCUGUGACCAGGGGCGAGGAGGUGACACCUCUGCAUCCAGCCCCCAAGUUUCCUGAGCAGAAGAGAAUCCAGAAUUUCUGUGGAGAGAAGAAGCUGCAGGAGGCUCAGACGGGAUUCCUGGUGAAUGUGACUCUGGACCCAGACACAGCAAAUCCCAACCUUGUCCUGUCAGAGGAUCGGAAAUGUGUGAGACAUGGAGACACCCGACAGGAUCUGCCUGACAACCCUGAGAGAUUUGAUCCUUGUGUCUUUGUCCUAGGCUCUCAGAGGUUCACAGGCGGGAGGCACUACUGGGAGGUGGAGGUGGGAGACAAAACAGACUGGGCUCUGGGGGUGUGCAGGGAGUCUGUGCGGAAGAAGGGGCAAGUCACAUUUACACCUGGCAAUGGGUACUGGACCGUGUGGCUGUGGGAUGGAGCUUACAAGGCCCUCACCUCCCCAACGGCCCCCUUCCCUGUGCGUGUGCAGCCCAGGCAGGUGGGGGUUUUCCUGGACUACGAGGCGGGUGAGGUCUCAUUUUACAAUGUGACUGACAGGUCCCAUCUCUUCACUUUCACUGACACCUUCUCCGGGACCCUGCGCCCUUUGUUCUGCCCUGGUAUCAAUGCUGGGGGCACCAAUGCAGCUCCCCUGACCCUGUAUUCAGUCCCAACCCAGCCCUGAGGGAAUCCCUGUCACUGCCAUGACACGUGUGGCACAGACUGUCCCCUCCCCAUGCCACCCAACUGCCUCGGGGGGCGGCCCUGAGGUGGGAGUGGGGCAGAGGCUGGGGUCUCCCAGUCUUCUGGUCCCUUAUACCUCCCUGUGCCCCAGGGUUCAGCUCCCAGUUCUCACACUCUCAGUGCCACUGACUGGAAGGGACUAUCUCCAAAUCCUAACAUUUCACUUGCACAUCCCUAGGGAUCUGGGUUUUCCAUUUCCCCUGGAAAAACAGUAAAACAUGGAUUUUCCCCAUUACCAGACUAAAAUGUGGAUUUCUCAUUUUUGCAAAAUCCAAGGGUUUCCCUGCUGUUUUGCAAAGAGCUCUCUGCAGGCCGGCGGAGUUCCAGCCUGCAAGGGGCUGAGAGGGAGUGGGAGGAGGAGGGAUAUGCAUGGGCGCCAGUGCAUGUAUAUGCACAUGGCCCCAGGCAGCCUGAAGAGCAGCUCCCACAGGUAAGUGGGGGGGAUUGAGGCCCCCAUAGGGAGGGAGGGAGUUGGACAGGGCUCGGGCUGCUGCCUAGGCAGUGUGUGGGGCUUGGGGCCCAGAACCACAGUGUGUGGCCGCAGGGCCCCAGCGGGGAAGGAGAUGGAGCUGCAGGUGGCUUGUUCAGAGGGCAUGGGGGUGUGAUUGGCUCCCUGAAGCUGUGUACACUCCCAGGGGUAAGGGGGUACAUGCUCCCCAGAUCUGUGCGUGGGAUGUGGACAGGCACAGGCCACUGCAGACACAGGUUCAGGCUCCUACCCUUCUGCCCUCCCACAGGGCCUCCACACCCAGCGGGUGCAACUCAGCACAGUAGGGCACAGGGAGGCCACACAGGAAGCUGCUUUCUGCUGCAAGCUCUGUGCUGCCCUGGUGAUGUGCCCCCUGCACACAGGGCAGCAGUGGGGGGCAGUGGCAUGGGAUUCUUCCCCUUGCUGCUGCCCUGUGCACAGAGGACGUGGCAGCAAGCAGCUCUCCUGCACGGGCUCACUGUGCCCUGCUGUGCCAGGUUGCACCCACCGGGCUGCAGAGGGCCUGGGGGAGGGAAGCAGGGCCGGAGCCUAAGCCCUGCCCACAGAUGUGGGGGGUGCAGAUCCCCCCGGCCCCCUAGAGUGCUCAGCGGGGGGAGCCAGGCGCCCCAAACCCGCAGCAGGGGGGGAGCUAGGCUGCACUCCCUGCAGUAGCCACCACCUUCUGCAGGGAGCUGCAGACACAGGUUCCUGGCCCCAUAGUCCUGGCAGCUGAAGGGCCCCUCCAGCAGGGCUGGGGGGGCAGGGGGCUGUGUGGGGGGGUCGAGGGGCACCAGCAGGGCUUGGGGUGCAGUGAGGGGCACCAGCAGGGCUAGGGGACUGUGGGGAGGAGUGAGAGGCAUGAGCAGGUCUGGGGGGCUGCAGAGGUCAGUGAGGGACACCAGCAGGGCCCAGAAGGGUUGUGGGGGGAGAGUAAGGGUGUCAAGCAGGGAUGGCGGGGAUUGUGGGGGGUGAGGGCCACUAGCAGGGCCGAGGGCAUGCGCUGUGUGAGGCCUUUCAUUUUAAUUACAGAUUUUGGGGGUUUUGUCAGGUAAUUUGCAAUUUUUUAUGAGAGAAUUUGUGAUUGUUAUUAACAAGGAAAACCAGGAUCCCUGUAUACCAGUGCAGUCCCCAUGGUUUUAUUACUGUGUUACUUUGGAGGCCCCUCCCAGCACUGUCCUCUCCCCCAUCCCCUCUUCCCUAUGUAUAUUAAAUAUACUCUAGCAAACCA